AUGGCUCGCAUCGCGGUUAUUUCAAAUAAUAAAGUAGUAGCAGAGCCAGGUGAUGUAUAUUCAACGUGUGAGCGUAUAUUUGAAUACUUCAAUUAUUGCUUGGAAUUCCUGGUGGGGGAUCCAGCUUUUGAGAAUCCCCCGAAAAGAUGUUGCAGCCACGUAGAGAAGCUUAACAUAUUAGCACAUCACAGAACAGGUCCUCGCAAGAUUUGCUGGUGCAUUCAGCUCAUGGUGAAGGGGAUUGCACCACCUUUGAUUCCCUACAAAAUUGAUGAUCUCCCUGUCCUUUGCGGUACCCAUCUCAGUUUCCCUAUUUCUGAUAGCAUGGAUUGCUCAACGGUUGGUUGAGGCACAUUAUCUGUACUAUGCACACCGCUGGCUAUAAAGUUAGUUGCAUUUAUGAUAUUAACAAAAGUUGCGACAUAAAACUAUGAUAGUCAUCAAAUCCAAUUUGGAUUAGAAUGUCAAUUUAAAUUGGAUUACCAAACUGCACUUGUAUAACCAAACUAUAAUAUUGGUAGCAGAAUGAGGUAAGUCUCACUGUGUGGACUACCACUUACUGUGGUUAUUAGUUUGUUUUGAU